AUGACUUUUGAUGAUGUCGUCUCACUUGCACAGCCUGAAGACGAACCAGAGGCAGCAGCUAAAAAGUUGACUGAGACCGCUUUUACCCAUGGAAGCUGUGAUAACAUCACCUGCAUCAUAGUAAAGCCUAACCAUAAUCUUGCAACAAAACCCGAAUGCCAAAACGAAUCUGAAUGCAAAAAGCAAAGCCAAAUUGAAAUCAAAGAUUCACCAUUGUCAAUUGAUCCGGAAAUUGAGAAAACUGCAAAGAAGCUAAGAAAGCAAGCUAAGCUUCGAAAUAAGAAAGACGCGUCUAGUUCUUCACCAGUUCUCAAUAUUUGGAAAGAUAUUGAGUUGUCAUCCGAUUCAGAAGACCAAACGGAGGAAGAAGAAGAGAAACCUCAUUCUGAGAAAGAAGAACCGGUCAUCAAGACUGAAGAAGAGGAAAUGGCGAAUCCCGAACGCACUUUGAGGGAACGGGCAGCACCCAACGUCGCCGAGCAACCUCUUUGCAUCACCUAUCCGGCAUAA